AUGGCCCCCUCCCUGCUCCAUCCGCCGAGCCGUCUGUCGGCAGCAGAGGCCCUUCUGCUGUCGCAGCGUGCGCCCGCCGUGCUCGACAGCCUUCCCAGCACGGUCAGCUCGUCUAUGCUGCAGUCGGUCAUCGCGCCGACUGACGACCCCGAGAUCUGGAUCUCCUACGAGAAUCUGCUGCUGUCGUGUCUGCGGACGGGCGACAUUGAGUCGGCGCGCGAGAGCUUGCGCCGCCUCGUCGGCCGCUUCGGCGAGAGCAACGACCGCAUCAAGGCGCUGGGCGGCAUCGUGCGUGAGGCCGAAGCCGAGGACGAGACAGCCCUGCUGGAAGUGCUUAAGAGCUACGACUCUAUCCUGAAGGAGGACGACAGCAACAUUGCCAUCCACAAACGACGCGCUGCCCUAUUGCGCUCACUGGGUCGCAUCCCUGAGGCUGUCUCGGCCCUGGUGGCCCUUCUGGACUUCACGCCCACCGAUGCCGAGGCCUGGGCUGAGCUGUCCGACGUGUACCUAUCGCAGGGCAUGUACCCACAGGCCGUCUACGCCCUAGAGGAGGUGCUUGUGCUGGCGCCCAAUGCUUGGAAUGUGCACGCCCGUUUGGGCGAAGUGCAGUAUAUGGCUGCAACGACAUCUGUCAGUGGCGACGCCGUGUCGCAGCAGAAGUACACGGCCGAAUCGUUGAAGCGUUUCAGUCGCAGCAUCGAGCUCUGCGACGACUAUCUGCGUGGCUAUUACGGUCUCAAGCUUGUACGAUCACAAAACUCUCCCUCACUUACCACCCUGCAGUGCACGACCAGCACAGAAUCAACUGACAAAGCCCAUUUCGGUGGCAUGCAGGUCACGGCAUAUGCGAUCGAAAAUUCUGGAAAAUGGCCCAAACGAAGCGUUGACACGGAGGACUUUGCCCUACCGGACACUGCCACCCUGCAGCUGCUUAGUCAGCUGGCGACCGAGAAGCUGUCAGAAAUCGUACGGCGCGGUUCUGCAAAGGAACCCCACUGGAGUGGAUAUGACCAGGCCGAACUUGCAGCAGCACGGAAAUUACUCGCGCAGGAGACGGCCUCGACUGUUCGAUAA